AUGGAGGGCGGCAGUGCGGAGGCCAAAGUUGAGCAGAAGGAGGGACAGCCAGGGUGGGACGAGUACGCGCUGCUGCAUGCGCGCCGGCCCUCCGGAGAUGAAGACGUGCAGCACCGCAUCCGCAUCAAGCAGGUGCCCGGCAGUGGCACCACCGGCGGCAUCGUGUGGAACGCCGCCAAAGUCCUCCUCCAGUUGUUGGGUGCGGAGGAGGGCGAGGGCGGGAUCCGCGUGGGCGGAAGGCGCGUGAUGGACCUGGGCAGCGGCACCGGCCUGCUGGGCCUCGUGGAAAAUGUGGCACUCAACCUGCGGGCGCUGCCCGAGGGCAGCGUGGAACCGGAGGUGCAGGCCCUGGAGUGGGGCGGUGAGGUGGCCCACCUCACGCCGCCGUUCGACCUUGUCGUGUGCAGUGACCUCGUCUUCUGCGCACACAACGCCGGCUGUCUGCCGGCCCUCCUCCACACCAUACUCAUCCUCAGCGAGGAGGGCACGGAAGUGGUGGUGGCGUUCCAGGAGCGGCUCGGGUGGAUCGAGGCGCGGUUCAUGGAGGAAGUCAAGCGACACUUUGGCCGGUGCCGCGAGGUGGAGAUCAGCGAGGCGGCCCUCCAGCGAGCAACGGCGCGCGAGGGCGAGGAGGAGUUCGAGGGCAUGAGCUCCAUGUUCCACGAAGACAUCGGCAUGCACGUCUACCUCCUCUCCCACAAGCUGUCUUCUCCUUCACCUUCUCCUUCCUCUUGA